AUUCUUAGUUUUAUUAUUAGUUGCAAAAAUUUCGCAAGUAUUGAGUAUUUACACCAACUUGUAGACUGGUUUGGACGAUCUGCUAUUAUUAAUGAUGAAAUUAGUCUGUUUAUCGAGUGAAAUUUAUGUACUCAAUUUUCACAAUUAACUUCGCGUUAUCUGUGUCACAGCAAAAAACUGCUAUCUAUUUAUAUAUGGGUGACAACUUUCACAUUUUCUUAAUUAGUAAACUCUAUUUUGUUAUGAUGAUACAAUAAUACAAUAAUCUAACAAGUCAGCACUUUUUGAAAAUAUUACGGUCGGCAAAUAUUUUUUCUUCGUAAUAUUUCUGCGUAUGCAUCGACAGUUAUUUUCUGGACAUUGAAUACCUGCAUGCAGGAUAGAAGAUCAGCCUGAUGCAGUCCAUUCAACAACUCAUUUGUUCCCAUAUAUUAAGUUAUGAAUUCAAUGCUACCCAGUUUCAAUCAUCCUAUUAUUAAACGGCUUCUGGGAUGGAAAAAAGCAGAAGGCGACGAUAAAUGGAGUGAAAAAGUUAUCAAAAGUCUUGUCAAAAAGCUAAAAAAAUCUUCAGGUUUAGAAGAAUUGGAAAAGGCAAUCAGUACACAGAACUGCAAUACUAAGUGUAUAGUUAUACCUAGGCUACCUAGCAGUGGUGCUACAGAAACUUGUUCUCAAACUGUACGUAGUAAAGGUCUACCGCAUGUUAUUUAUUGUCGUCUUUGGCGUUGGCCUGAUCUACAAUCACAUCACGAGUUAAAACCUAUAGAUAGUUGUGAAUACGCUUUUAACUUGAAGCGUGAAGAAGUUUGCGUUAAUCCUUACCAUUACCAAAGAGUACAACCACCAGCUUUGCCUUCAAUUUUGGUUCCUCAUCAAAGUCCACUUCAAGAAAAUCUACCUCAUUGCAGUAUGCAAGCCACAAGUCCAGCAAGUGUUGGCAGUCUUGGGAGUAUUCAAGGAUCACCUCAUCCCACUCCGAGUUCUAUGGAUCCACCAGCUGAUACUCCUCCUCCAGGAUACAUAAGUGAAGAUGGUGAUAACAUGGAUCAUAAUGACAACAUGUCACUUUCAAGAUUAUCACCUAGUCCUUCUGAUGCACAACCAGUCAUGUAUUGUGAACCUGCUUUUUGGUGUUCAAUCAGUUACUAUGAGUUAAACACGCGAGUUGGAGAAACAUUUCAUGCUUCACAACCGAGUAUUACUGUCGAUGGCUUUACGGAUCCUAGUAAUUCGGAAAGAUUUUGUCUUGGUUUGCUGUCCAACGUCAAUCGUAAUGCAGUUGUUGAGCAAACCAGAAGACAUAUCGGAAGAGGAGUGAGAUUAUAUUACAUCGGUGGUGAAGUUUUUGCAGAAUGCCUCUCGGAUUCUAGUAUUUUUGUGCAAAGCCCAAAUUGCAAUCAACGUUAUGGAUGGCAUCCAGCAACAGUUUGUAAAAUUCCACCAGGUUGUAAUUUGAAAAUCUUCAAUAACCAAGAAUUUGCUACUCUAUUGUCCCAUUCGGUAUCACAAGGAUUCGAAGCCGUUUACCAACUAACCCGAAUGUGCACCAUACGCAUGAGCUUUGUGAAAGGGUGGGGAGCAGAAUAUAGGCGACAAACAGUAACUUCAACACCCUGUUGGAUAGAAUUGCAUUUAAAUGGACCCCUCCAGUGGCUGGAUAGAGUCUUAACACAAAUGGGAUCUCCUAGAUUACCCUGCUCCUCUAUGUCAUAAUUGAGUCUUUCAAAUUCAAUGAUUUUGUUUGAUUAGUCAGCGUUUUUCGUGUGUCUUGUAAGCUCUCUGUUUUCUUUUAUAUAAUUGAUUCUUGUAAUAUCAAUAUGUUCUAUAUUAGAUCAUAAUAGUGAUUGUCACAUUUCAUCAAGUACGCCAACAGAAAAUAUGCAAAGUAAUUUAAUUUUUCGUAUUUUAAACUUUAUUUACGUGGUUCGAAAGUUUUUUUCAAGUCCGUUUUCGAUGGAUUUCACAAUUAACAUAUCUAUAUAAAAUUAGAAAGUAGAUUGUAGAAUGAUAAGGUAUGAGAUUAACUUUCAUAAUUUUGCUGAAUCGAGAUUGCAUUUAAAAUUUCAUUUUGACAAGCAACGCAUAAAAAACCUUAGCGAUGAAAUCAUAAUUAUGUAUGACUACACAUAUUAAAUAAUCCGAUAAAGAUCAUUUUUUCAUGAAAUUUUUAUAAAUAACUAAAGUACUUUUGAAAACUGAAAUGGGUCAUGUACAUAUCAUCGCAUAAAACAAUAUAUUAUAAUCUAUUUCAGUUAAUCAACAACAAGUAAGAUUAUUAAACAAUCUUGAUACGUGAGAGAUAUUAUUUAUCAACUCUAGCAAUGUAAUCCUGUGUGAUAGUUUUUUCUGAUAUCUCCUCAAAAAAAACCAUUUUGAUAAAGUGUUAAAAAUCAUUCUUUCUAAUAUUAAAAGUGAAAAUGGAUAUUGAAGUAGAUAUUUGGCAUUUUUGAGCGAAUAACAUCGUUUCUAAAAAGCAUGUUGAUUGUUAUAAAUCUAGGUGUAACUAGGAUAACUAAGUACCAUUUACUGUGUGUAAGAAAAAAAAUUGUGUUUCAUAUGUCCGUAUAUUAGGUGACAAUUAUACAUAUAGAUAUAUAUUAAAUAGACACAUUCAUUGUGAGUUCAUCUGUACUUCCUUAUGAUUUUAUUGUCUAAAAAUGAUUUUUACAAAAAUAUUAAAAUAACAUAUAAUGAUUA